CAAAGCCACAGAGCGCCCUCUCGCGCAUGAAAGGAGUGAUUGGGCUCGUUUGUGUGGAACGGUUCCAACAUACGUGCCCAUUUAUUUAAUUUGCCUUAUUCAAUCCAGUAACAUCGGAGUCAGCAGAUAUGGCGGAUUUUCUUGACGAUCAAGCAGAAGAUGCAUUAGUUGCUGGACCUGAUGAAGAAACUUCACAAGGGCUUCAGUCACCCGGUGCAGAUGAAACAGGUGUUGAGGAUGCUGAACUUGAGGCCAUCAAGGCUCGGGUCCGAGAAAUGGAAGAGGAAGCCGAGAAGCUCAAGGAGAUGCAGAGUGAAGUGGAAAAACAGAUGAACAUGAGCUCCCCGCCGGCACCCGGCCCGGCUGCGCCGCUGUCCCUGGAGGACAAACAGGAGGUGGACAGCAGAUCAGUUUAUGUGGGAAAUGUUGACUACUCCACGACUGCGGAAGAGUUAGAGGAGCAUUUCCAUGGCUGUGGAUCGAUAAACAGAGUCACAAUUCUAUGUGACAAAUUUACCGGCCAUCCAAAGGGAUUUGCCUACGUGGAAUUUUCCGACAAGGAUAUGGUAGAGCCUGCAUUAGCCCUCCAUGAAUCUCUGUUCAAGGGACGGCAGAUUAAGGUGAGUGCAAAGCGCACCAAUCGGCCAGGUAUUUCCACUACAGACCGCCCCGGCCGGGCACGAUUCCGUGGUGCUGCCAGGUCAGUGUACCGUGGUGGGUACAGUCCUUAUGCCAACCUCUACAGCGGAUACAGGCCGAGAAGAUACAGACCUCGCCGCUACUCCAGGUAUUCCCCUUACUGAGAAAUUUGUACGUAUGUUUUGCAUAUUGUUACUCCAGAAAGAACUGGCAAACCACAGCCCAGUGUCAAAAAAGAAGCAGAAUUUUUAUUUUCCUGGGGUGGGGGGAGCUAAUGCCUGAUGCAACAUUAAGAUGAAUCAAAAUUUCUAUUAAUCCAAAGCAAAAGUGAAUACAAAACGUUGAAACUGCUGGAUCCUGCCAGUUUAUGUAUAUAGUAUCGUUACUGAUGUCGAGGGGGGGAUCAAGAAAGGGGAAGACAGCGAAAGUCUCUUCGAUGCUGUGUUCAUGCUCUCGUUGCUCUCUGCAACCCCCGUUUUGCUGGGUGAGCAUGCAGUGCCAAGAUUAGGCUGACAUUUUUAGGCAAAGUUGGCCUAUGUUGCUGGAGACUUGCAAAGGUUAAGACUAGACGCAUUCAUUGUUUUUUACACAUCCAGAGGGUCGUGGGCAGGUUGCCAAUAUUAAAAAAAAGUUAUGGAAAUGAAAACUGAAUCGUGCAAAAUCAGAGACUCUCCUGGGCCAAUUCGUCACAGCAUCAACAAAACUGCAGAUUUGUGUUUUGUUAGAGAUUUUAAGGACAUGCUUACGGAACUCUUACAACUUGCACACUGAUUUUCCAGCUCACUUUUUAUUAGUUUCAUAUCAACAUUCCCUUUAAAAUUCUACUUUAAAGGUUAGGACUUGUAAUUGUUCUACAUGUAAUGCCCCAAAGACGUGUGUGUACCAAAAGGAUACUCUUUAAGCCAUGUGCCUUAAAAUGGUUUCCCCUUUAGAAAAGAAAACUACAUGUGAUUUGUCAGGGUGUUGGCCGAGUUGCCCCAUGUCUUUGCAGUUCUGGAGUCAUUUUUCAAUUGCAGUCAUGGGCUUGUUUUAGAGGCCAAAAAACUGGACAAUCGAAUUUUAGUUGAAGCAGGAUGCAUACAAGCCAUACCAUAUGUAUUCCUUCAAAACCAACAAAUAAAGAGUCAAAUCAGCAAAUUAUUUUGAGACCAUCUUCUGUUAUUUUUUUUCCUUUUUAAAAUUCAGACUACAUAUGUACAAUAGUUCACUCUAAGUUUAAUUUAAUUACUCUGUUAUUUAACAAUAGCCAACAUGAAAUCAACACCAUGAAUUUUUUUGGGGGGGAGGGAGGCAGGUGUAAUAGCAUUGCAGUUAGGGAAAUAACAGGGUUUCUUUUCAAAUACUUGUAGGUAGUUUUUUCCCCCAACAAUACUUCUAUAAAGUAGACUAGAAUUCAACAGUUCAUGUAUUGAUGUGUUACCUGUGAGAAGAUGCCCAAUAAAUUUCUGUUAAACCAA